GGGAUGGCGCGCCAGGUGUCCAUGGCCUUCCAGGACCUGGCCGUGCGGUUCUCCGAGGACGAGUGGAGGCUGCUGGGGGAGGGGCAGAGGGCGCUCUACCUGGACGUGAUGCAGGAGAACUACGAGACGCUGGCCUCCCUGGGUGAGGAGCAGGCAGGAGCUGGCUGACGGGUGGACGGGAGGCCGGGUCAGCACCACGCGGGCCCUGAGUCGCUCUGGACCCCGGGACCCACCGGGCCUUGGGCUUUGUCUACACAAUGAGGUGGCGUCGAGAGCCUUGCGCCGAGCUGGGGGCCUCGCGGGUCUUUUAUGCUCUUGUUUCUGUGGACUGUACUAGGGUGCUGGGGACAGUGGAGCUGCUGCCCCUCUCUGCCUUCCUGUCUCCCUCGGAGCCUGGAGGAGCCACAGGGGGCAGGAGCUGUGCUGGUGAUGGGCCGGAGCCUCCUCGGGGAGGAGGGCCCCUGGGAGGAGCCCCCCAGCACAGCCUGCACCUCAGCGCCCUGGUGCAGCUGGUGAAGGAGAUCCCAGAGUUCCUGUUCGGGGAAGUCAGCCCUGAGAGCGGAGGAGCCAGCCUGGACGGGGAGGGGGCGAGCCCCAAGGCAGCUGUGAUGGGGGACACUUGCCCUCUCCAAGGCUUGCUCGGCUGCCUUCCGGACACACCUGUCGGCCGGCCUGGCCUGGCCGCCAUGCCCAGCGGCGGCUCAUCCAGCAGCCCGCCCAGAGCCAGGGGGCAGGGGAGCCCCCUCCCCAUCAAAGCUGCUGACAUGCCAAGGCCUGUGGAGGAGGAAAGCCCAGGAGCCCCCAGCGAGGAGCCUAGCCCUCCCACCUGUAGCCCCGGCAGGUGGAAGAGCCACAGGACUCAGGAGAGAGGGACCACGGGGGCAGGAGCUGCAGGAAUCUCUCCUGGGAACAGCCCCUUGCAAGGCCUCAUCAACUGCUUGAAGGAAAUCCUCGAGCCCGGGCCCCAGCACCCCGAGCGGCCCCUGAGCUUACUGCCGCCCGUCCCCAGCCUGGGUGCGUCCCCGCUGACCGGAGCAGAGCCGCGGCCUGGGAGCCCGCCCGGGGCAGUGAAGACAGAGACAGCCUCAGGGGAUUGUCCCCUCCAGGGUCUGCUGAACUGUCUGAAGGAGAUCCCAGAGGCCCGGGACAAGCAACCCAGCCCCUCAGGAGCAAGGGACCCACGGCUGCAGGAGGACCCAGGGGCCUGGAAAAGGAAUUCUGGAGGGCUCCGCCCCCUCCAGACGCCUCCCCCCGGGCCUGGGCCUGGAGCUGGCAGCGUGCUCUCUGCAGUGAAGGUGGAGGACGGCUGGGCCCAGGGGCCCCCAGAGCCCGCAUCCUGUCAGCUCAGCAAGCGGACCCACGGCCCUUCUGCCGCGGGCAGCCCCGGGGACAGUGGAGGCACCGCCUGGGUCCGAGUGCCCAGCUGGGGCUCUGCAGCUCGAGCCGGCAGCGCCUCGAGCUCACCCCUGGAAGCCCUGGAGGCCUGUCUGAGGGGCAUCCCCCUGAGUGGGUCGUUACCUUCCCAGCCGCCGGCCAGCUCUUGGUCCCGGAGCCCCCAGCCAGGAGACCCUGGGUCUCAGAGGCCCGAGCUGCAGCGCCUCGAAUCACACAGCAAAGAGGUGGUCUUGGGGCCUCUUCCGGCUCUGGGCCUGCAGGGCUGCACGAGAGAGAGCCCUGCCCUCCCUGCAGGCUCCCAAGGCACCCGCACCAGCUUCUCUUCGUCCAGCAGCGUUGACGGGGACCUGGAUUUCCAGAGCCCUGAGGGCAGCCAGGGGCAUCGGCCUGGAAAAGGAAGCCCCGUGGGAAGCUCCCCGCUCCAGGGCCUGGAGAACUGCCUCAGAGAGAUACCCGCACCUGGGCCGCAGCCCACCUGGUCCUGCUUCUUGGCAGGGCACAGGGGGCCAUGGAGAGUGGAGCCCAAGAACUGGACGGCAGGCAUGGAAGGACUGAGGGGCGAGGCCUGUGAGCCAGCCCACCUGGGACAGCGAGGGGGUGACGUGCCCACCAGGAGCCUCCGCCUGGCCAGCCCACAGGCACUUGCCUCUGGCACCAUCCCUGCCUGCCACCAGCGAGGCCGCAAGGACCCCGGGGCCGCCAGGCCAGGGCCGUGGACGUGGCUCCCAGGUGGGCCAGCCACCAAGCCCUCCCCACUCCACUGCCUGGAGAACUCUCUGAAAGGGAUUCUGCCCGGGGGGCCCUUGCGCUUCGCCUGCCUGGCCGACCCUGUCCCGGGCCCCAGCCCCAGCCCCAGCCCCAGCUCCAGCUCCAGCAUCAGCAGCUCGGAAGGAGAAGACCCACGGCUGGAGCCUGAGCUCUGGCAGCCCCUCCUGCAGGAGAGGGACCGCCUUCCCAGCUGCAAGGGCCUUGGCCCUCCUUCCCCACGCCCUGGCGGCCCUCACCCUGGCAGCAGCCCUGGUGAAGGCCGGAGAAGAGGCGAGACCGGGGACCACCGUGGUCUCAGUGCAGCAGGAAAAGCAGAAGAGAAGGUGGGAGGCCGGUCCCAUCCGCCCUGGACAGAAGUGUGCUUGGAGAGCCUGGGCCUGCCUGGCCCCCUGGGCAGCGCCGGAGGAGGGCGUGUCCAAAUAUCCCCGGUCAGAGUGGCUCUGGGAAAACGAUGUGUAUCCACACCCCAAGUGCUCUGUGCUCUUCCUGCGGGGGCAGCUGUGGGUCCCUGCCCUGCCUCUCAGCCGGGGAAAAGGUCGGGCUCUGGGCCCUGCCAGCCUCCUGGGUCAGCCUGCGGGCCCCUGUCCUGGAAUCCGACGGCUGGUGAAGAGUCCAGGGGCCUGGGGCCCGGAGACGGAAGCCCAGGUGUUACAGACAGGACCCACCCGAGGCCCCUUCCCGGAGAUCCGCCUGGGCCUCCCCCUGGAGCCGCCAUCCCUAGGGCUUUGCCGCGCGCCUCCCCGCGGCCACCGUGCCCCUGCGGGAGUUCCCUGCAGCACGAGCUCCGCAGCCUCGGUGCCGCCCUCUCGGAGAAGCUGGAUCGGCUGGCCGGGGCCCUGGCCGGCCUGGCUCAGGAAGUGGCCGCCGUGAGAACCCAGGUGGAUCGGCUGAGGCGGCGCCCGCGGGGCCCGGGGCCAAAGGGCCUCCUCCGGGGCCCUCGCUGGACCGGUGGCCCUGCUCACAGACACCCUCCCUACUGGAGGUACAAGGGCCCCCGCAGGCCGAGACCGAAGAUCUUGCGGGGCCAAGUGGAAGGCUGCAGGGCCGGCGACUCCCCAGGCCUGGCCAGCGCGCGGCCCCGCCUGGUGCCUCAGCUGCCCCCAGACGUGCCCCUGGCAGAGGCUUCCGGGCCCAGCUCUGGCCUUUCCCCACAGCCUCUCUCCUCGGCAUGCAGCAGCCCCGCUGUGCUGACCGCGUGUCACCCCCUCGGAUGCCCGGAGGGCCACCGGAGCCCCCCGCCCCCUUCACUGCCUGCUGCCCCACCCCCCCAGGUGGCCGCCAGUGCAGGAGCAGAGCCUCGGGCUGCAGCAGCGGCACCGCCCAGGACCCUAAAGUGGCCCAAGGAUCCGAGCUGCCUGUUGGCGGGGCUCCAGAGAGCCCUUGAGGGGGAGCUGUGGGGUGGGGAGCACAGGGACCCCGGGUGGGGGCCCCCUAGCCGCCGUCUUACUGGGCUGCGUCCUGCCGAGGAUGCCCCACCCCUGGCCGCCUCUUCUGGGGGCCGGCCGCCCCCCUCGGCCCCCUGCAGCCGAACCUUCCCCGUGUCUGGACUGUGAGGGGGCCGGGAGUGUGCCCUUGGCCUGACCGCCCCGGACUCCAGGAUGCCCGAUGCUCAGGGAGGUGCGUUCCCCAGCCACGCCUUUGGCUUUCUUGACUCAGGUUUGUUUAAAUGUCGCUUCCCCUCCGGCCCUUCCCCGCUGGAACUGCCGGCGCCGGCAGGGGGUGGUACGCGUACGCGCGCGUGCACGCCACGUUGCCGGGGCGCUGCGAGCCGCUGCGGGGGCGCCACGCUGGAGAGGCCCUCUUCCCACCUGCCGUCCUGACCUCAGCGCCGAGAAGCCGUGGCUGUCCUCUUCCUGGCGGAUGGGGGCUUAGCUUUCAUUUGGGGCAGAACUCCGCCCCCUGGCCUAAGCGGGAUAUACCUGUGUGGAUUCUAAAAUUACCGACCCUGGUUGGUAAGGAAAAGGCCCAUGGCUCCUACAGAAAGGAGCCCAGAGGGGCCACACCAGGGCGUGGCUGAUGGGUUGUUACCAGCACUGGGGACAAGCCUGCCCUGCCAGAGCCUCCAGAGAAUCCGCAACCCCCCUCCGCGGAUGGGGGCGGAAUUCGCACACGACUCCCUGGGAAAGAGCAGCACACGUGUCGUCUUCCUGGGGCCGCAGUAACAGUACUACAGGCCGGGCGCCCUGAACAACACACGCUUAUAUCCCCAGGGCUCUGGAGGCCAGGUGUCCAAGGUCGAGGUGUUGGCAGAGUUGGUUCCUUCUGAGGCUGUUCGAGGCCCCUCUCCGUGGCCGAUCGCUGACCGUCCUCGUGUUCACAGGGUGCUGUUCCUGAACUCAUGCCUCAAAUGUCCCUUUCGUCUGAGGACACCAUCCUCAUGCCCUCACUGUAACAUAUUCACUUCUGUAAAGACCUUGCCUCCAGCUAAGAUCACGUUCUGUGGUGCUGGGGUUAGGACUCCAAUAUACGAACCAGGUGGGAGGAGUGCACACUCCAACCCCUAACACACGUGAGGGGCUGAGCUAAACUUGGGUUCCUCGUGGGGGAAGAAGGCAUGACCGGGGUCACUAGAUCUGCUUUCGCGGCGGCCACCAGCCUGCCCUGGGCCCCGCCCCUCAGGUGGCACUUGGUGUAGCACGGGGAACGGCCUGCCUGUCUGCUGCAUUGCCCUCCCCAGGGUCAGAUCUUUUCUCCCCAUCUUUCCCCGCCCGAGUUCUUACUUGAUUUGAGGAAUCCUCGGGAUGGUCUGUGCACACAUGUCGUCCGGGAAGGCCCUGUGGUGUGGUUAGCUGUGCUGUCAGGGAACCUGGGUGCAGCGCUGAGGCCCAAGCCGACUCGGGGUCCAGAGCGGCUGUAGCCACGAUGGGUGCUUAAGGGGGGCCUUGUGGCUGCUGCACCCAGUGCGUCCCUAAAAUCAGGGUCUUUGGGGACACACGCCACGCCUGGCCUGCGCUUCUUGCUGCCCCUGUGGAAGGAGCAGGCCACUCGUGCUGGCGGCGGGGUGUCCGGCAGACAGACCAUCGAAGGGGUGUUAGAACAUUUCCAGGACUAGAGUAAGUCCCAAGAUGACUGUCUCGGAAGCUAGUGUUCGUCAGAUCAUGUAAGUAGGAUGUAAGAGACAGUCUUCACGGUUAGCCAUACUUGAUGGAGAAUAAGGAACAGAAAAGUUCUAGGCUUAGGCUUUCCACUCAGGAAGGUGAGUCCAGCUCGUUCCCAGGCUGUGCAGGAGCGAUGCUGGGCCCGUUUCAGAGCCAGUAGGAAGGGUCUGACGGCCUGGCGGGGAGAGGGGGGUCGGUUGCUGCUGGCGAGGGGCCCCGGCCCCGCGGAGGAGGCCUCCGCCCAUCCACCUGCCCAUCCGCCUGUGCGGCUUCCCCUCCGUGCGCCCUUCUCAGCGGGAACGGGGCGGGGCGCGCCGUCCUCCUCUGCGUGACCCUUGAAGGUUCGGUUCUGUGGGCUUUACAAAUAUCAGCCUGCACGUCAACACACGAGGGAGCACACGGGCCAGAGGGCGGGAGGAGCGGUAGCUCCGGGCUGCGCGGGCCUCCUGCUGCCGCUGGCGGGGAGCGCGCGGCGGCUGCGGCCCAGGCCGGGGGCUCCGGGCCCACCUGGACCCUGUGGGAAAGUGCAAGUCCUUUCUCAAGAAUGUAGAAAACGAGUAAUAAAAUGAAUGGUGAGGCACUCCUUGGUCUGCAGCCACAUUCGUCCCCCAGGUCCACUGCCUGCCACGUGGACAAAACCCUUUAUUAACUGAAAAGCCUUCUAGAAUCUGAUUUGGUGAGCAAUCUGUGUGCAGUUUAGGAGUUUGGUCCUGUGUCCAUCUCCAGCUACUUCGUGAGGAAAUGGGGUCACUCUGGUGGGAGAAACCGAGGGGCCUUUGGAACUCAGGAAUUCCCGGGGUCUGGAGAUGGGGGCAGAGAACCUUCGCUCCCACGGAGCUCCCUCAUGUCAGGGUCCGCGGCGUCCCAUCUGCCCCGCCAGCGCAAGGCCACUGUGAGGCAGGAAGGUGGGAAGGUCCCGCCUCAGCCUGUCGGCAUCGGAGCGGGCUCCCCACAGCCCAGUAGAAGGGGGGCCGCCGUGGAGGUGAAGGGGUGCGGGGGCCACAGUCGCCUGCCUGAGACGCCCCAUGACGUCACCGCUCUCUGCGGAAGGAGCUCGGCGCACGGGCAGACCAGGCUUGCUCUAGACCUUGUGUCCUUGUGUUUUACAUGUGGCUUCUGUAAACAGCCUACGGUCGGAUUUUGUCUUUUAAUCCAGCCUGACAAAUUUUGUCCUUUACUCAGAGCCCUUAAUCCAUUUAUGUGCAAAAUGAUGGCUGAUACAUUGAGAUUUGAAUACAGCAUCUUAUUUUGUGCUUACGUUUGUCUCACUUGGUGGUGGGGAGUUCCGUCUUUCCUGCCACCUUUUGUACUGACAGUGUUGUGGGUUUUGUUUGUUUUCAGUAAUUCCAUUUUCCCCUCAACCAGCCUCAACAUUUAAAGAAGUAAAAGGGAAGACAUCCAAAUUUACAGCUGUAUUUGGGAAGUUUUAGCAUAGUUUUUAAGAAAUAGAUAGGCCAAAUCAGGAAGGAUAUGGAAGAUUUUUUGAACAAGCCAAUUAACAAAAUUGGCUCGAUUGAUGACUAUCUAGAACACUGCCCCACAGGACUACAGAAUAUUCAUUCUUUUCAGGCAUACACAGAACAUUUACAAGAACUGACCCUAUACUAAGCCCUAAGUGUAAACAAUUUUAAAGUAUUCAAAUUAACUGAAUAUGUUUUCUGACCAUUACUUCAGCUUUUAAGCUAGAAGCAAAUAACAAGAAAUGAGAAAUUCAUAUACAUAUAUAUAUAAAUAAAUAAGAAUUGUGCUCCUAAAUAACCUGUGUGUCAAUGAAGAAAUCAUAAGAAAUAUUUUGAACUGCACUAUAAGAAGUACGGCAUAUCAAAACUUGUAGGAUAAAGCUAAAUCAGUGCUUAGAAAUGGGUAGGAAUAAGUGAGCGUUGCAAAAAAAAAAAGGCUGAGAAUUUACAAGGAGGUACAAUAGGACAACAAAGAAAUCCCCCAAACGUUAAGGCAUGUAAACAUAAGAGUAGAAAUUACUGAAAUAGCAUACGCAUAAUAGAUACAAUCAAGAAAGCCAAAAAUUGUGGUUUAACAAACCUAACAAACUUGACCAGUUUGUGGUGUGAUUCAUCACUGAAAAAAGAAGGCACAAAUCACCAAUGUCAGGAAUGAAAAGGUGACAUCCCUACAGAGAUGCUGCUACAGACCGUAUGAAGAUAAAAAGAUACUUCAAACUUUGCCAAAAAUUUGAAAACUCAGACAACUCCCACAAGAAUACAACUUGACAAAACAGACUCAAGAAGAAAUAGAACACCUGACUAGUCCCAUGACAUUGGAAAAAUUGCAUCAGUGAUCAAACAUCUUCCCACAAAACUACAGACCUAGAAGUCUUCUCUGAUAAAUUCUACCUCAUUUAAGGAGAAGGUAAUUUCACUAAUACACAAAGUAUUCCAAAGAACAGAAAAAUGUAGAAUACUCUGACUCAUUUGUGAGACUAGCAUAACCCUGAAACCAAAAUUUGAGAAGAACGGUACAAGAGAAGAAAGUCACAGGCUAAUCUCCAAAAAUGUUCAAAGAAGCAAAAAUCUUAAAGUAUUAUCAAACAAUGCAGCAGUUUAUAAAAAGAAAAAAACAUCAUGACUGAGUUGGUUUUAUUGCAGAGAUUCACAGAUGGUUUUAACAUUUGGAAAUCACUAGUGGUAACACGCCAUCAUAAUAAAGGAGAAAGAUCAUCUCAGUAGCUGCAUAAAGAUCAUCUGAUAAGAGCCAACAUCCGUAAAUACUCUAAGUAAACUGGGAUGAGAAAGGACAUUGCUUAAUUUGAUAAAGAUUAUCUACCAAAAAAAAAAAAAGGCUUACGGUAAACAUAAUACUUAAUGAUGACAUAUUGAACAAUUAAAGGAGGCCGACUUCCACACUGUAAUUCAGCACUGCAGUGGAUGUCCUAGGCAGAACAGUGAGCAAGGAAGAUGCAGAUUUGAAGAUCAGAAAAGGAACACAGGAGUCAUUACUCACAGGUGAUAUGACUAUAUAUAUAGACAAUUGAAAACAUCUAUAGAUAACCUAUUAAUGGGAGAGUUUAUAAAUGUCUAAAGGCCAAUAUAUCAGAGUAAGUUUGUAUUUUCAUUAUACCAACAACGGCAGUUAAAAAAUAAAAAAACUGGGGGGACUUCCCUGGUGCA